GGUGCAUUUUUACUAAGACUUAACAUACGUGCCUAUUGUUAUACUCUUCAGGGUUUUACCGCCAACUGGUAGAUUUAAAGAGGUACACCCCCAGACUGAAAGUGAUGAUAUCAAUAGGAGGUUGGGCAGUGGGCUCCCUCCCUUUCCACAUGAUGGCUUCCGACCAAAACAAGAUACUCCACUUCACCAGAAGUGUGGGCGGAUUCCUAAACAAGUAUGGCUUUGAUGGUGUGGACAUCAACUGGUGCUAUCCUGGGAGUUUGGGCAGCCCCUACACUGACAGGCUCAAAUACAUUGAACUGAUGUCGGCACUGUACAUUAACUUCUGGGCCAAUGAAGCUAUGGGGAACGAGAAACGCAUUCUAAGUGCCACGGUGCCAGCCGGCAGGUGGAUCAUUGACAGAGGUUUUGACAUUGAGGCCUUGCGAAACUGGGUAGAUUUUAUCAAUAUCAUGGCGUAUGACUACCAUGGGAGCUGGGAGUAUUCACCUACUGGAAUUCACAACGCCCUUAACCCCAGAACUAAGGACCCGGCCCAAGAAUUCAACGCGAAAUGGACUGUUGAAUACUACAUCAAAAAUGGCUUCGACCCGGUAAACAUCAAUCUGGGCAUACCUCUAUAUGGGCGUACUUUUCACUUGGCCAAUGACUUUCAAUUUGGCGUGGGAGCACCCUCUACCGGAGCGGGGCCAAAAUUCGGUCCGUACAGCCGAGCAUCCGGUAUGCUGGGAUUUAAUGAGAUUUGCCCCAUGCUACUAGAGGAGACGGGUUACACGUUAAUUUGGCACGAGGAGCACCAGGUUCCUUACUUCUAUAACCGCCAGACUGGGGAGUGGGUCAGCUUCGAGUGCCCGAUCAGUUCAGCACGCAAGGCACUCUACGUCGAAGAGCGGGGUCUCGGAGGUUUGAUGUUCUUUUCCAUAGAUUCCGGUGAUUUCGACGGUUCUUUCUGCAAUUUUGGAAUACAGCCGAUUGUGGUAUCCACUAUCAUCAUAUCGUACUAUAACAAAUCAAUGGCGUUCAUUGAACAUUUGUACAAUUUUACAAGACACAGCAGCUACGACGAAACAGACGACUUAAGACCACCUUGUGACUUCAGUGAUCAUGGAUUUACAUGUUCUCCGGACCCCAAUGGUAUUUACCCACAUCCCUGCCCGUACCAGUGUGACAAGUGGAUUCACUGUUCUCAUAAUAUCCCGUAUAUAAAGGACUGUCCCCUUGGGCAGUACUUCAUCAACGAAACCCGGCGAUGUGACUGGCCUUGGUUGACGCAGUGUCCCCGAAGUUUUACCUAACCCGAUGGAAAACUUCUCAUAUAAAACUUCUCAGGAUAUUCAGACCACGAUCAGAGAGCUCUGAAUGGCGUAGACUUGGGAGACAAUGAUAAUAGUGAAGCCUUGUAUCA